GCGAUGUUUGGAGAGACACACCAGUGCGUUUGUCUUGAACGUUGGAGUUAGCGGUUAACUAUUUAGGUAGCAGUUAUCAUUAUUUACCGGUUACCACAUCUACUAGGUAACACCGUUAUCUACACCGUGGUCCGACGAGGGAGCUGAUAAAACAGCGGAGAUGCAGCCUGCAACAGCCAAGUGGUAUGACAGUCGGGACUAUGUUUUUGUAGAGUUCUUCGUGGAGGACAGUAAAGAUGUGAGAGUACAUUUCGACAAGACUCAAUUAGAUUUCCGCUGCAUCUGUGGACUAGAUGAUGUCAAGCAACAGAAUACAGUGGACCUUUUCGGGGACAUUAACCCCAAAGGCUCCAAACACAGACACACCGGCAGGUCUGUGUUGUGUUGUUUACAAAAAGUAGAGGGUGGGAAAGCAUGGCCACGACUUACUAAAGACAAGACAAAGUGCAACUGGCUGAGUGUGAACUUCACUAAUUGGAAAGACUGGGAGAACGACUCAGAUGAGGACUCAAGUUUUGACAAAUUCUCAGAGAUGAUGAACACAAUGGGAGGAAAUGAUAUCGCUGAUUUUGAAGAAAAUGCAGAAGACGAGCACGAUUGUGCAGACAGCGACGAUGAAAAAUUGCCUGACCUUGAAUAGAUGACCAUGGAUGCCACCUCAGCAGUAAACAAAGCGAGUUGUCAGUCGGUUGAAGAGAGAGACUAGACAUGAGUUGGGCAGCCACGUUGGAAAAGAGAGCUCAAUUCUUUACUUAGUUUCCAAAGCGAAACCCCUCCAGGGAAUGACGGGGAGCGACUAUAUACAGACUGACUGACUGAAUACAGACAUGCACAGAGAUCCAUAGCGACUUACAGUGCUGUGCUUUGCUGUUCUGUUCUGUUCUGCAUGGACAAUUCUGUUCAAAUGAAAUUGUUAUUGUUCAUUGACUUAAAUGACUGUAAUGGGAUGUGCUGAUGUCUUACACCUUCUCUCUCUCUAUCUCUCUCUGUUUUUUUGCGAUGUCAGGUUAUGUAUUAAACAUUGUGAUUUCUAAUGAAAAAAAAACAACUCAAAAUGCCUAUUUUCCAAAAAAGUAGAUUUUUUUAAUAACAGAUUAUCCCCUUUUAAUGUUUGUAUUGUAAAAUGCACCUCUUUUGUUUGUUAAUUUAAAAAGCCAGCGUUCCGCUUGAAAUGGGGUUUCCAAUGUAUGCCAGCAUCUGCAAAUAUUUAACAAUGGUUUCAUUUUUCAAAACAUUACAGCAUUUAAAAUAAACAGAUAUGCUUGUGCUUACAGCUUGUGUUGGGGUUAUGGUAGUGGAGUGGUACAAUCUUUGCAUAUAAUCAUACCUUUGCAAAGGGGAGUUUGUUUCUUGAUGCCAGUGUUCAAAACAUUGUAGCAGGUACAAAGAUGAAUUUUCUUCCAUAUGCAUACUGAGGUCAGGGCAGAAAUUGAUGUAGUCUACUAAGAGUUUCCCAAAUAGUUAAAACAAUACAGGAUUUAAAUGUUUGUUAAUCAGAUACACUAAUAGAACUAUGCUUUGGAGGCUUGUGUGUUUGAUUGAACACGUGUUGAACACUUUUGCGUUUGUCUGAUGGUGUGGGAGUUUGGGUAUACAUUUCUAAUAAACUGUUUGAACGAUGAA